AGUCCGAGGGGUGGUGAGCCCGGGCCGUGCCGCCGCACGAUUGGCCGGGGCCACCCCGCCGGCCGCCGCUGAUUGGUGGAUUCUCAAAUUCGGUCUCAAGGCGCCAGAGGAGGUGUUUUAGCGGGGACUAAGAUCCAGGCUGGAGUCGCGCUCGGCGGGUCUGAGCGCUGGCGCUGUCGGGACGCCGCGGGGUCCCCGCCAGCCCAGGGCACUCGGCGCGGGGAUCUGCGCACCUAGCUCUCCCUUCCAGAUGCCGCCGCCCGGCUGCUGAUCGCCGCACCACCUUCCCUCAUCGGCUUGGGUCGGUGGAGGUCCCUGCAGAGGCAGGAAGCCUCCUUAGGAAAGCAGGGGUAAGCGAUGGAGGUGAAUUGUUUAACACUAAAAGACCUGAUCAGCCCCAGGCAGCCCAGACUGGAUUUUGCAAUUGAAGAUGGGGAAAAUGCACAAAAGGAAAAUAUAUUUGUUGAUCGCUCAAGGAUGGCCCCGAAGACUCCAAUAAAAAAUGAACCAAUUGAUUUAUCAAAGCAAAAAAAGUUUACUCCAGAAAGAAAUCCCAUUACUCCAGUGAAGCUUGUUGACAGACAGCAAGUGGAACCAUGGACACCCACAGCUAACCUGAAGAUGCUCAUUAGUGCUGCCAGCCCAGAUAUAAGGGACCGGGAGAAGAAAAAGGGACUAUUCCGACCCAUUGAAAACAAGGAUGAUGCAUUUACAGAUUCUCUACAGCUUGAUGUUGUUGGGGACAGUGCUGUGGACGAAUUUGAAAAGCAAAGGCCAAGCAGAAAACAGAAAAGUUUAGGACUCCUGUGCCAGAAGUUUCUAGCUCGCUAUCCAAGUUAUCCCUUGUCAACUGAGAAAACUACCAUCUCCCUAGAUGAAGUUGCUGUCAGUCUUGGUGUGGAAAGGAGACGCAUCUAUGACAUUGUAAAUGUGCUGGAAUCGCUGCAUCUGGUCAGCCGGGUGGCUAAGAAUCAGUAUGGCUGGCAUGGACGGCACAGCCUGCCAAAAACCCUGAGGAACCUCCAGAGACUAGGAGAGGAGCAGAAAUAUGAAGAGCAGAUGGCCUACCUCCAACAGAAAGAGCUGGACCUGAUGGAUUAUAAAUUUGGAGAACGUAGAAAAGAUGGCGAUCCAGAUUCCCAGGAACAACAGUUAUUGGAUUUCUCUGAACCCGACUAUCCCUCUUCAUCUGCAAACAGUAGAAAAGACAAGUCUCUGAGAAUUAUGAGCCAGAAGUUUGUCAUGCUGUUCCUCGUUUCCAAAACCAAGAUUGUCACUCUGGAUGUGGCUGCCAAAAUACUGAUAGAAGAAAGCCAAGAUGCCCCGGACCAUAGUAAAUUUAAAACAAAGGUACGACGCCUCUAUGACAUAGCCAAUGUUCUGACCAGCUUGGCUCUGAUAAAGAAAGUGCACGUAACAGAAGAGCGAGGCCGUAAACCAGCCUUCAAGUGGAUCGGGCCUGUGGACUUCAGCUCAAAUGAUGAAGAACUGGUGGAUGUUUCUGCAUCUGUCUUACCAGAAUUGAAAAGAGAAACAUAUGGCCAGAUUCAAGUCUGUGCAAAACAGAAGCUGGCUCGCCAUGGUUCUUUUAACACAGUUCAGGCUUCUGAGAGGAUCCAGAGGAAGGUGAACUCAGAACCCAGCAGCCCAUACAGAGAAGAACAAGGAUCAGGUGGCUACUCUUUAGAAAUUGGAAGCCUGGCAGCUGUCUACAGACAGAAAAUAGAAGACAAUUCACAGGGAAAAGCCUUUGCCAGUAAGAGAGUGGUGCCUCCAUCAAGCGGCUUGGACCCUGUUGCUCCUUUCCCUGUCCUCUCUGUUGACCCAGAAUAUUGUGUUAAUCCUUUAGCCCACCCGGUAUUUUCUGUUGCUCAGACGGACCUGCAGGCAUUCUCUGUGCAGAACGGUCUGAAUGGACAAGUGGACGUCUCACUUGCUUCUGCAGCCUCUGCUGUGGAGAGCCUGAAGCCGGCACUCCUUGCUGGCCAGCCUCUAGUGUACGUGCCCUCUGCCUCACUGUUCAUGCUGUAUGGAAGUCUGCAGGAGGGACCAGCGUCAGGGUCAGGGUCAGAGAGGGAUGACAGAAACUCAGAAGCCCCAGCCACAGCAGAGCUGUCAUCCGCACCCUCAGCUCAGAAGCGCCUCUGUGAGGAAAGGAAACCUCAGGAGGAGGAUGAGCCAGCCACGAAAAGGCAAAGCAGGGAAUAUGAAGACGGCCCACUGUCGCUUGUCAUGCCCAAGAAACCCUCAGAUUCCACAGACCUUGCCUCUCCCAAGACUAUGGGUAACAGGGCAUCUAUACCCCUCAAAGACAGUCAUGUGAAUGGCCAUCUCCCUGCUGCAGAAGAGAUUUCAGGAAAGGCAACAGCAAACUGUUCUGUUUCUUCUGAGUGGGGAAAUCCUUCAAGAAAUACAGAUGUUGAAAAGCCUUCAAAAGAAAAUGAAAGCACCAAAGAGCCUUCUUUGCUACAGUAUCUUUGUGUGCAGUCUCCCGCAGGAUUAAAUGGUUUCAAUGUACUUUUAUCUGGCAGUCACACCCCCCCUACUGUGGGCCCGUCCUCAGGUCAGCUGCCGUCUUUCAGUGUCCCUUGCAUGGUCUUACCAUCUCCAUCUCUGGGCCCUUUUCCUGUUCUCUAUUCUCCUGCAAUGCCGGGCCCAGUUUCUUCUACUCUUGGUGCUCUCCCAAACACAGGACCUGUGAAUUUCAGCCUGCCUGGCCUUGGAUCAAUAGCCCAGCUUCUCGUCGGCCCCACAGCUGUGGUUAAUCCAAAGUCGUCCACACUCCCUUCUGCAGACCCUCAGCUUCAGGGUCAGCCCUCACUAAACCUGAGUCCAGUGAUGUCAAGGUCACACAGUGUCGUCCAACCUGAGUCCCCCGUUUACAUGGGACAUCCAGUCUCAGUAGUAAAAUUACAUCAGUCACCAGUUCCAGUGACCCCCAAGAGCAUCGAACGCACACAUCGUGAGACAUUUUUCAAGACACCUGGCAGCCUUGGAGACCCUGUCCUGAAGAGAAGAGAAAGGAACCAGUCACGAAACACCAGCUCGGCCCAGAGGAGACUGGAAAUCCCCAGCGGCGGGGCUGACUGACCUGCUGCUUUGCCAGGUGGGGGAGGGAUCAAACGCCCUGAGAGUCCCGGAUGUCCUAGACGCAAUGCAAACCGUCCUGUCCUGAGCACGGGUCCUUCCUCUCUCUUGCAUCCACACUUCUGUUAACUUCCCACCAUCAUCAAUCAUCUGAUUUCCUGAAAGUAAUUAAUUGUGCAUUUAAUACCAGUUAGAGUUCCGACUCUCUGCAUGGUGUCACAGUGAAAGCGCCGACUGACUUUAAUGGUUUUGAUUCAAGAAUCGUCUUAUUGCUGGAAGUAGAUCCGAAUAGGCUACCGGAGCCUUGUGGUUUUUCUAAAGAGGGGCGCUGUCUAGCACUUAACUAGGGUAAGCAUUCUUAACAUGUAUUUCCACUUACCCUGAGUAAAUCUGUGGUGAGAAAAGCUUCCUUUCUGCAGUUUAAAAAGGCUACUGCUUCCUUAGGCUUUAUCAGGAAGCCACCUUCAGUUGUGAAUCCUAUGGUAUUAUUUAUUUUGUUCCUGAAAUGGGAUUUAGUGCAAAAAGUUUACAACUACAGUCUUUAACACAUUUUUUUUCAGGGUAUGACGACUUGAAUGUUUGUACUUUUAUUCUAUAAUUUGCCCUGCACUUAUUCUACAACUUAGUAAUAAUGUGGAUAAAUGUAUCUACAUGACACAUGUCAAGACCAAAAUAACUGUGAACGACACACCUUGCUGUAAAUGAACUGUGCUAACCCUGACUGUGGGCAUGAGAACAAAGAUGAACUCUAGAACUCUAGCAGCCUAACUGCUGCUUCUCAAAUAACUGUGUGAACAGGGAGAUAGUACUGUUCGUUUCUAAAAAUCCUACUGUGCCCAGUUUCCUUCACUACAUGCCCUGCGUUUUUUAUUUAAAUGUUUAGCUGUAGAGCUAUCAGAUAUGGAUGUCUUCUAACAAUUGCUGUUUGUAAAAAUCAGGAUGGUAGAAAGUGAUUACAUGGGAAAUUGGAACCUGGAUGAGACCUUUUUGCUGAAUUCUGAAGAGUAAUUAUGUGAAAAUUGAUAUAGGGCAAGAGAUGAUUCUUUUGUUUUUCUUCUACUUCAUGUGCGGAAGAGUAAGAGGGAAAAUGGACAUAUGUUUCAUAACCAAGGGUAUUCAAACCAUAGUUAGAUGGUACCUCUGAAAAAUAAGUAUGGUGAGCACAGGGGUUGGUUGUUCUAGCAUGAAUACAAUUUUGGAAACUGUUAUGCAAUUUCCCUUUUUUAACCCACAUUACUUUAGGGGUGCAUUAAGUAGCCAAACUAUACUAGUUCUUUGUAUUCCUAGACUUGCUGAUAUUUACCUCUCUCUUGUCUCUUCAGAGAACAAGGGAGCCAUUCUUUCCCUCCUACUUUCCUUCAUUCCCUCUUCCUUCCCUCCUUCCUGCUUCUUUUCUUCCUUCCUUCUUCCUCUCUUAAAACUUCUAUCUUAGAUGUAGAAUCCUGGUGUAGGGUUUUAUUUUAUUUUUAUUUUUUGACCCAAUAAAAUGUUAUAUGAAAGAAUAAAAAUAUUAAUUUAAGAGACUCUGGGAGUCUGAAUAAAGUAGCUUUAUAUUAACUACAGGAUAAUAUUAGCCUUAUUACCCCCACAAGAUUUUUUUAAACUUGAGGUAGGUAGCUACAUUAAAUAAAUUUGCUACUUAUAUAAAAAUUUUUAUCAACACUAAACUUUUAAAGUUUACAAGAUUUUUUUUUUCCUUUUUUACAGUCUUCUGUAGAGUUAGGUUAAAAAUGUGGUUUUUAACCACAUCAACAAUUGCAUGGUACUGAUGAUCCUGAACUAAAACUGAUGGGUUCUCUAUCAAAACAAAUAAAAAUAUACCUUUUUCAGGUUUCAAUCUGUGCAGGGUGUAUGCAUUUUAACUCUCCCAUGCUCAAGAACUUCCACAAAAUAUUUCAUGGAGAGGUCUGCAUUUAGAUGGAAACACAAAUUACUUUUCCCCUCACUGUUCCUGAAUGCUGUAUACUUGUUUUAACAUUUUUGCUAUUUUUUUUUUAUUCUGAUCAUGAUAUAACCAUCUUAACCUCAGAAUUCAUAUUUCUUGAGGGGUGUUAAGAAGCAGUCCCAUUGGUGAGGAUAUUAUGACUUGGUGACCAUACUUAGGAAUAGAAAACCAAGCACAAUUGCUUCUGUAUUCAGUAUCCACUUAAUGUGGCUUUAUAUGUAAAAAUAAUAAUGCAGUGGUUGUUUGUCAGGAAAAUGAAUCUUACAGAACAACUGGUGGAAUUGAAGCUGCUGCGCUAGAGUUGGAUAUUUUGGGUAGUGAAGAAGCAAUGGCAAUCUUGAGUCUAUUAUUGUAUAACUUAGUAAAAGAAAAAAAUAAUUGGUGGUGGUCCUACUAAGAGAAUGCAGCUUUUUUGAGUUGUCACAGAGGCUGUGUGUGCCCUACACUGACCAGGGUUUGUAAAACCCUUUCAUUCUGGUACAAGAGUCGGGGGUAUAACUUUUAUACUUGAAUCUACCUACCAAGUUUACAUUUCUCAAUUCCUUUUUGUAAGGUGCUAUUUCUGUAUUUAAAUAACUUUCUUUUAACGUAAAGCUGCUUUCUGCUUAUCUUAUUGCACUGCUAGUUGUAUGUAGGUAUUAAUUUUAUUGCUGCUUACUGCUUUUGUUUUCUUAUUAUUUAGCUCUGCUCUUUUUCCUAAUGGCUAUGUUAUGUAUAGCUAUUUACUUGUAACUGUACUACAUGUAAACUGAUUUUUUUGUUCUGAUUCUUUUCUAAUAUUUUUAGGAAAAUAUUAAGCUUUAUAAAAUAGCAAUAAAAAAUAAUUCAUUUAAGAA